AUGGACUCUCGAGAAGUCGGAUUUCCAGGCUACAUGGUCUACUGUGGUCUCAUGGCCUCAUUGACCUCAUUAUCCAUUGGUUAUGUUAUCGGUUCGCCCAACGUCCCCGAAACCGCCAUCCGUGGCACAGAUGGCUAUUGCGACCCCAAUGCUGACUUCAGUGGGUUCCCUGGAUGCUUCCAAUUUGCCGAUCUUCUUUGGGGUUUCGCUGUCGGCUCCUUCUGUCUUGGUGCCUUAGCUGGUGGUCUCAUUGGAGGAAAUGUCCAGAACAUCUUUGGUCGCAAGAAGACCAUGUUCAUCAGUAACAUCUUCUUCAUUGUCGGCUCCAUUCUCCUCGGCUUGACCUACCACCAGGCCCAGUUCAUUGUCGGUCGUAUCAUCAUCGGUUUUGCCUGCGGUCUUGGAGGCGUCGUUGCCCCCACCUACCUCGGAGAGAUCUCAUCGAUCAAGGGCCGUGGUACCAUGGGAACCAUGUACCAGCUCCUCAUUGUCGUCGGUAUCUUGAUCUCCAACUUGAUCGGUCUUGGCCUCUCCACUGCCCCCAAGUGGCGCAUCCUCCUCGCCAUCAACGGUAUCCCCGCCUUGAUCCAGAUGUUCUUGCUCCCCUCCCUUGUCGAGUCGCCCCGUUACCUCGUCUCCCAGAACCGCCUCGAGGAGGCUCGCGUUUCCCUCCAGAAGCUCCGUGGUGCCAACUCUGAUAUUGAGCAAGAGUUUGCCGAUAUUGUCCAGUUGAUUUUGGGACGUGGUUCGUCCGCCGUUGCUCGCCCCAACCAAGACUCUGCCUUUGACGAGUACAAGGCCGACCCCGAGACCGCCGUCACCGCCACCAACACUGGUACCUCCAAGAACUACUCGAUCAUCCGUCUCUUCACCUCCGAAUGCAGGGGUCUCGCACUCAUCGGAAUCGCCAUUCAUUUCCUUCAGCAGGCCUCUGGUAUUAACGGUUUAAUCUACUACUCGACCACUUUCUUGGGCGACGUCUUUGGUCCCGGUAACGCCAAAUACAUCACUGUCGGCGUUUCCUGCUGCAACUUGCUCUCCACCCUCGCCUCCGUCGCCCUGAUCGAUAAAACCGGUCGUCGCACUCUCCUCUUGAUCUCCUUUGCCGGUGUCUCGCUCUCCUCAAUCCUCUUGGUCAUUGGUGCCUACGCCGAAGUUGGUGUCCUGGUCGUCGUCGCCGUCUUCUUGUACACCGCCUUCUUCGCCAUUGGUCUCGGUCCCAUCCCUUGGUUGUUGCUGUCCGAGUUGUUGCCCACCUACUCCCUUUCCGCCGCCUCAGCCGUCGCCACUAGUGUUAACUGGGGUACCAACUUUGUCAUUGGCCUUAUCUUCCCCUCGCUCAACAAAGCUCUCGGUGACGGCACCUUCAUCCUCUUUGCUGCCAUCACCGCCUUUGGCUUCUUCUACACCUGGUUCUUUGUCCCCGAGACUAGAGCUCGUUCCAUUGAGGAAGUUAUGGCCGAGAAGGGUGUUGCCCCUCGCUCCGAUUACAUGUAA